CGAACACUUUUGCGCCAACUCCUUUCCUGCUGCCAUCUCUCCUCUGGCAAGUUCUCUCAAAAAUGGCUCCCAGCAUGUCGCUACACAGCGUCAUUGCCGUUCUAAUUCUUUCCACCGACACAUCACCCGACUCGUCGAGAUUGUUCGCCAAAUAUUACAAUGCUCCGCAUACCUCUGCCACACACCCGACUCCUCCCCAACCGUAUGCAUCGUUAAAAGAGCAGAAAGCCUUUGAAAAAGGGCUGCUGGAGAAGACGGCGAAGCAGACAUCAGACGUGAUACUUUACGACAACAAGGUGGUGGUGUUCAAGAUGGAGAGCGAUGUGAUGCUGUAUGUGGUUGGAAUUUCAGAAGAGAACGAGAUCUUGUUAUACAAUGUUGUUCUGGCGUUGAGAGAUACGCUCAGCAUCCUUCUCAAAAACUCUACAGACAAGCGGACAAUCAUGGAGAACUAUGAUCUGGUAACUCUUGCCAUUGAUGAGAUUAUCGACGAUGGCAUCGUCCUGGAGACAGACCCAGUCAUGGUCGCGUCCAGAGUGAGCAAGGCACCUGCUCAGGAUGCUCCGAAUAUGAAAAACAUCGACCUCAGCGAACAAGGGAUACAGAACCUGUGGGAAUUUGGCAAGAAGCAAGGCAUGGAAUUUGUCCGGAGAAACUUAUAGUUGGCUUUUGUGGAUAUGCUGAGCGGAUUUUAUCUCCAUGGAGGGCGUUGGGCGUCCAGCAAGAUCGGCUGCAACCUUGGCAUGGGCUGUUAUGAUGCGCAAGACAGACUUAUGAAUAUGAUCAAGGGGAAAUGAGUGGCAUUUACAUGCAAGAGAGUGACCCGGCAAUACUUUGCACAAGUCCUGAGUGGCAGACCACUGGCCAGUGAUUGUUUGGGCUCAGCCUUGUGCGGUGAGGGAGGCAGCCUUGCGGUGAUUCAUUUGCCGACGUCAUUGGCAUUUCAAAUGCACUUCUCCAAAAAUACUCG